UGUAGCAAGUGCAGGAGAGUGUUCAAACACAGUGCCUCGCCGAAGACUGGACAUCGAGGAAGCUGAGACGAGCAAAGACAACCACCACCAAAACGCAACCAUGAGGGAAAUCGUCCACAUCCAGGCAGGCCAGUGCGGAAAUCAGAUCGGGGCGAAGUUCUGGGAAGUUAUAAGUGACGAACACGGCAUCGACCCUACUGGUAGCUACCAAGGUGACAGCGACCUGCAGCUCGAGCGAAUAAACGUCUACUAUAAUGAGGCGUCAGGCAGCAAAUUUGUCCCCCGUGCGAUCCUGGUGGAUUUGGAACCAGGCACCAUGGACUCAGUGCGAUCCGGUCCCUUUGGACAGCUCUUUCGACCCGACAACUUUGUCUUUGGUCAGAGUGGAGCGGGAAACAACUGGGCCAAGGGCCACUACACGGAGGGUGCUGAACUGGUGGACUCCGUCCUGGACGUGGUGAGGAAGGAGUCUGAGAACUGCGACUGCCUGCAGGGCUUCCAGCUCACACACUCCCUGGGCGGGGGAACGGGCUCCGGCCUGGGCACCCUACUCAUCAGCAAGAUCCGCGAGGAGUACCCCGACCGCAUCAUGGUGACCUUCAGCGUCAUGCCCUCGCCCAAGGUGUCCGACACGGUGGUGGAGCCCUACAACGCCACGCUCUCCGUGCACCAGCUGGUGGAGAACACCGACGAGACCUUCAGCAUCGACAACGAGGCCCUCUACGACAUCUGCUUCCGCACGCUCAAGCUGACCACGCCCACCUACGGCGACCUCAACCACCUGGUGUCGGCCACCAUGAGCGGCGUCACCACCUGCCUGCGCUUCCCCGGGCAGCUCAACGCCGACCUCCGCAAGCUGGCCGUCAACAUGGUGCCUUUCCCCCGCCUGCACUUCUUCAUGCCUGGCUUCGCCCCCCUCACCAGCCGAGGCAGCCAGCAGUACCGCGCCCUCUCCGUGCCCGAGCUCACGCAGCAGAUGUUCGACGCCAAGAACAUGAUGGCGGCGUGCGACCCCCGCCACGGGCGAUACCUGACGGUGGCGGCCAUCUUCCGCGGUCGCAUGUCCAUGAAGGAGGUGGACGAGCAGAUGCUGAGCGUGCAGAACAAGAACAGCAGCUACUUCGUGGAGUGGAUCCCCAACAACGUGAAGACGGCCGUGUGCGACAUCCCGCCCCGGGGACUCAAGAUGUCGGCCACCUUCAUCGGAAACAGCACGGCCAUCCAGGAGCUGUUCCGCAGGAUCUCCGAGCAGUUCACCGCCAUGUUCCGCCGCAAGGCCUUCCUCCACUGGUACACGGGCGAGGGCAUGGACGAGAUGGAGUUCACCGAGGCGGAGAGCAACAUGAACGACCUGGUGUCCGAGUACCAGCAGUACCAGGACGCCACGGCCGACGAGAUGGGCGAGUACGAAGAGGACGAGCUGGAGGAUGAGGAGGAAGAGCAGCAGGACGUUCGCCACUGAUCGAGGGAGACCUUCUGAAGAAGACCCCCCCCCCCAAACCUAACCCCAAACCAACCACCAUUCCCAACCACACUCCCCUUAACAAUCCUUGUGCUAGCUCUGUGAACCAGUCACUUUAAAAAAAGAUCAUCAUUGUUGUCGGAAGUUGCAGAGGAGAUGGUGAUGGACGGGGGGUGAGAGACAGAGGGAGAGCCGUGUUAUGCUGGGUUCUGAACGUCGCAGGUUCAGAUUGCUUGUGUAGACUUUUCAAUGCUGUCUGUCAACCUGGUCCGUGGUCAACCAUUUGGUGCUGUUGGAGCAUAACAAUUAUGUGAGCAUUAUAGUCAUUGGUUUUCCAAGUCAUGCUUAUCCAGUGCCAAUUAAGAGAAACUUGCCCUAAAUACAGUUUUGUAACAUUUACCUCAGAAUGCAUUCAGUGAUACAAGUAAAAACCAUAGCAAAAAUAAAAUAUUCUGUCCUAUCAAUGUGUU